CGUUCCCGGCGCCGCCUCCGCCUCCGCCUCCGACGACCCCGGCUAAGACUGCAUCUCCGUCAAGGUCCGCAUCUACGCAUGGAUUCGCCGCUCCACAUCGAUUCUCCACCACUCAUGGAAAAGGGCGACAAAGAGAAUAUCCGCCAAGACCGCAACAUUAUGUCCGGUUGCCCGACCCUGCACAGGGAGGGGGCUGUCUCUACAAAGAGGAAGAAGAAGCCCGGGGGGUUCAACCUCAGGAAGAGCAUCGCAUGGAACCCGGCUUUCUUCACCGAAGAAGGCGUUUUAGAUAAUUCGGAGCUUUCUGUGCUCAGUGGCUCCCAAAUGAAGCCAAGCAGGAGCCCUGGCUCAGGGGUUGGUGGUACCGUUUCCCCGUUGUGUAGGGUUGGGAGAACUGGCAGUGCAUCCAUACUGAAGGAUGUCGCAGAGAGUUCCCGUGGCAAAUUGCUUGUGAAGUAUCGUAGCGCCGAGAACAAGGGAAGGAAAUUGUUUUCUCCUGCAAAAAUUUCCGAGCGGGUUGAACAGAGAGAACUUCCGGAAAAGCAGGAUAAGAGUACGAAGAAGGCGUCAAAUUCAAAUGCUACAACUCAAAUGAUAAGAACACCCAAAAAGUCAUUGCAGCCUUCUAUCCCUAUGGUCCCUAAAAGUACCUUAUCAGCGACAAAUAUCUGCAAAUCAAACACAAAGUUACCUCCAGUUAAAACCGAUCACCCAAGUAGAGUGGAGGCACUCCAGCUAAAGUCGAAGAUUAAGCCUACAUCUUCAACUAAAUCCUCUGGACUUACCACAGAGAAGGAUGUGGAGCCUGUUACAGCCCUCCAUGGAGAAGGCAGUAGUUCUAGGAAAUGUGCAAGUUAUUCAACAUAUACACAAAAUAGGCCCUCCAGUUUCAUUGGUGUCCCUGCAUCAACUUCUGCUAAACCAUCAGCACUUCGCAUGCCUUCACCUUCAGUUGGUUUUUUCUCUCAGGAAAAGGCUCUUGUGUCACAUGGUGAUGCUGCUCAAGGAAACACAAAGAGCUGUGUUACUCGAAAUACUUCAUCACUUGCAAAGCCUCCCAGAUAUAAGCAGUCUGAGUAUGUAAAUAGCAGGCUAUCUCAGACUCCUGUAUCAAAUGGUGAUACUGCUCAAGGAAAUGCAAAGGUCUGCUUUACUAGAACUACGUCAGCACUUGCAAAGCCUCCUAGAUAUAAGCAGCCUGAGGAUUUGAAAAGCAGACUCUGUCUUACAGCGCAGCUGCCAACCAAUUGCCCUACCAAUUCAGAGCCGGUUGUGCAUCCUGCAAUCAACACUUUGGUCUCUUCAUUACCUGCUCUAGAGCAUGGCAAUGUGUGUUCUGGGAAAGAAUCCUUGUCAGAAGGUAUAACAACGUGCUCAGCAAAUUCAAGAAAUGCAAAUACUGAACCAACGCAGAAGGUUGAUUGCUUCUCUGCUGGAAGUGGAGCUACUACACAAUCACCUGGUUCAGAAAAGAAUAGUGGUUCCAGAAAUGGCAUGCCAAAUGUGGAUAUUGUUGCAUCACAUGUAGCAGAAGGGGGCAUUAUGAACAGAACUGAACCUAGUGAGGAUUCCCACUCCCUAAAAUCUAUUUGCCCCUCAACCAUUGAGCAUGUUGAGGAUUCCUGUUCUCAUGAAGCCGCCAUCGGCUCAAUGAAACCUAUUGCUGCGAGUAUAUUGUCAUCGUCUUGCAAUUCUGAAUUGCGCACCCUUGACGGUUUCAUUUAUGAAAGUAAGUCAGAAAAUUGUGCUGGUGUAGCAAUUGACCUGGAAAAUUCUCUUUCUGGAGAGACAAUGGUCUCAGUUUCUUUCUCAGAAGGCAACAGUUGCACUUCAGGUCCUGACUUCUUGCGAGAUUUUGAUUCCUGCAAUCAACAACGUACUGAAUCUUCCACUAUGAAAUCAGUAGAGUCUACAACAUGGGAAGAUCGGGUGCCACAGUGUGGUAAUUCAGUUGAUAUAAAACCAGCUUCAGCUGAUGGUACAGCAGAUUUGCCUGCUUCCUUUUGUAAUGAAGCCCAACCUAAUUCAUCAGACAAACCAAAUACUGAUGGUAGUGUCAACUUUGAGUCAGAUAGUCCAUUGAUUGGCAAGGAAGCUCAGCUCUUAGUAGGGUGUGAUUGUGACAACGAUUAUAGGCGUACAGAAUGCCUCCCUAUAGAACCAGAAGCACCUGUACCUUGUGCUGAUUUUAGUGAUCUAAAAGAAGUCACAGUAGAUUUUAGGACAGAAACACAUGAUUCUUUGGCAGUGGAAAGACAGCCUCUUUUAUUGGAAGAACCCAAUGCUGAAGAAGAUAUGGAUAUUGACUCAGAUAGUCCACUGAUUAGCAAGGAAGUUCAGCUGUUAAUAGGGUCUGAAUACGACCAUGAUUAUAGGAGUACAGAAUGUCCACCUAUGGAACCAGGAGCACCUGUGCCUUGUACUGAUUUUAGUGAUUCAAAAGAAGUCGUGAUUGACUGUAAGACAGAAACACAUGAUUCUUUGCCAGUGGAAAGACAACGGGUUUUAUUGGAAGAAGCAAAUACUGAAGACGAUAUGGAGCUUGACAAAAACGAGUUGUUAACUCUAGAGGAUCCAUCACCUAUAGGAAAGACCAAGGCAGUGCACAGACCAGGCACAAAUACCAUCAUAAAAAAUCAUCUAAAACAAUUGGUACCAUUUUCGGAAGAAUGGCUUGCUGCCAUGGAGGCUUGCGGGGAGAAACGUUAG